AUGGCGUCCCCCUUUCCUGCAAAAUCACAGACGCUGCACAAUUUUACCCUGCAGCAUCUCCGGUGGAACAAGGACGGUCAAUCCAGCGGCGGCCAUCCCCACCGCCGCCGCCGCUCCGUCAAAUCUCCGUCGAGGAGACCUAGCCCUUCCUCCGCUUCUCCUGUUCGCCAGUCUCCUUUCCGGGACUCCGUCUCGUCGACACCGCCUCGGUAUCAGUCUCCGCUGCGAGAUUCGGCUGCUGCGGCGCCGCCGCCGCCGCCGCCGCCGCCGCGCAAGUCUUCGGAUCAGUUGAGAAAGAAGUCUCCGACCGGCGUAGAAUCAUCCAAAUCGUAUCAAGUCGUAGGGUUUGUGAAACCCUCGCCAAUUGGUGCUGGCGGUAAUCGUGUACGUCACUUCCCCAGCCCUGAUUUGGCUCCGCCGCCGGAGCCUUCAGGCAAGGGUAAAGCUUCCGUAAUUGAGCACAGAAGAAAUCAUCAUCCGAAGAAGUCGCCCUUCGAUAAUCCAAGGAAUGGGGUUUAUUCGGCAAAUCCCGAUCGACCUCCUCACAAAUUCGAGACGAAACCCAGGGCGAAAGAAGCCGAUGCCUCUGGAAUUAAGAAAUCGAAAAUCCUAAUCAAAAUCCCCCCUCGCAAGAGCAACAACAAAACAAUCGAAGAUCCUCAAUCAGAGCCACCAAAACCCCCCGACAGUGCUCUUAAAAAAAAUCGAGAGCUGGAUGAUAUAGAUAGCUCUUCUUGUUUAUCAGUAGUGGCAGUUUGUAAAUAUGAAUCUUCUUAA